AUGGAGAAGUCUCUCCUUCCCCUGAAAAGCAUUAGUGACUCCAGGAUGAGCCUGAGCUCCAUGUUCGUGCCAACGGACAUGACCUUUGCCAUUAUGUGCGGAGUCGGGCUCUUCAUCCUACUCAUCCCAUUCCUGAAGACCUACCCAGAAUCACCACUUGGGAGCAAAAAGAACACCCCAAAGGUGGUGAAGAGGGGACAGGUCAAGACCAGGAAGAGAACUGCUGCUGUGAAAGGUGGUAGAAAUGGCAGAAAGAAUUUGGCAGAUUCCCACAAUGCAUCACGACCAGUUGAAAUCCCCACCGAGCAUCCUUUACUGGACUCCACACCUCAUGCCUUUUGGAACUCUAAAGAGAAGAUGGAUCACCUUCCUCUCUCUCAGCUGCUGUCCUACUCUAAAGUCUUGGAAGAUCUUAUACAGCAGAAAUUUAGCCAGCUUUUCUGGGGCAUGUCCUCUGUGUUCUCUGAGUCAGUGGUGGCUACUGCCUUGGUUUCCAAGACACCUUCCUCUGAAGCACUUAAAACUGUGAAGUUCAGGGAUACAUCUGACACUUUCCCACCUCUGCCUCUGGCUCAAGGACCUCCACAGGUUUCCCAGGCUCAGCCAUUGCCCCACCAACAUGUGGCACCAAGCUUGCUACAAGGGACACAAGGCCAGGGACUAGACAACCACCUAAGCUCCACACCAAACCAAACACUCUCUUCCUCCCAAAGUAGGACCUGUGGAACUGCAUGUCCUACAACUGAGACAAGGAUGCAAGCAUCCCUUCCAACUGAAAGGCCCAACUGGCAGCAGGGACUGAAUUGGAAAGGAACUGUAGAUACUAACCUCCAAAAAUGUCAAGCAGCUGUUACCCAGCCAUCUCACAUCUUUCCCAGGGGCAUCUCACCCACUGAAGCUGCCAGGUCAGCCUCCAUCCUUCCUGAGCAGUGUCAGGUCCUCCAGCACCAGGAGGAGCCACAGAUUGAAGACAGGGUGACUAAGAUGAGACAAAAAAGAGGAGCCCCCUUUAGAUUCCGCCCAUCCAGGGAGAUAAGGAAGCUUCAGAAGGCUUUCCUAGCAAACAGUCCUUCCCAGUCCAGGAACAGGCCUGACCUCUCCCAGCCUGCCAAAUCCUCUAUCCUUGACUCCAGAAGCUGCAAGUUGAGCCCAAUGACGGGGUCUGUGCCCUCACGGACGCCCUUAAAGAAGGGCCCAGCAAAAUGUAAUACCCAUGAUCACAUCAAGGAGGCCCUCAGUGUUGGAGCCAAAGACCUGCCUUCCACUUCAAGCAACACCCUUGAGGAGGACCUAGAACCCGGAACCCCUUCACUGAGGAUAGAGCAGCUGUCCUAUGUGAACACCACCCAGAACCUUUACUUCCUCGACCCAAAGACUCAGAUGAAGCUGGAGUCAAACAUCGCUCAGCUUCCCUUGAAACACAGAAAGAGAGCACAGGGUGCAUCGAGAGCUGAAUACUAUUCCAAGGCUGCCAUCAUCCUGGAAAAACUGCAUCACCGAGACCCGGGAGGGACAAGGGUAGGAACUGUAUCAUCUACGAGGCUGCAGGGCCCUCCAUUUGCACACUGGCCUUCAGAGCUUUGGGAGACCCAAAGGGCCCCUCCACCUGCUGCCAGCCAUGGGCCCCCAAAGGCCCAUCCAGAUGCACAAGAGAGACACCUGGGUGUUUGGGGCUCUGAUCUGUGCCUCCAGGCAAAAACCCAGCAGGGCAGCGCCAUCCAAGGGACUGGAAGAUGCAGCCUGCAACCAACUACCAGCCCAAGAAAGGCCAACCAUGCAGAAUGGCAGAGGUCUGAGAAGGUGGCCUCAGGGCAUCCCUGCCAGAGUGGGACAAUGGGGGGCCCUCAAGAAAGGCUCCCAUCUUUUAUUGUCAAGCAAAGUAUCACACUAGAGGUGAAAGACAAGGCACAUCCUGCAUGGCAAGUGAAUCUGGGAUCCAGGGAGAUUCCCCUUAGCCCAGCCCUCAACACUGGGGGCUUUGAGCAUGCUGAGGCCAACAGAAGCCCAGGCCAUUUCCAAACACCUAGUCCACAGCACUCAAUCCACUCAGCUCUAAACCCACAGGUGCUUAGUGGGGAUGAUUUCCAGUUAAACGAGCAGCCACAGUUGUGCUUUGCUGGGUUCCUUCCAGAAGGCCAAGGUCCUGUGUACCCUGCCACAGUCAGCUUGCCUUCAGAAGACUCACUGCCCAGAUCCGAGAAUAGAUCCCCAAAUCAUCUCCAGACUCCCCAGGGCUUCGGUGAUGUGUUCAUGAGGACAGAUCACAGCCAGGAGACUCGGGAGCUCAGGGUCUCCCAGGAUAAGACUCCAGAAAAGGCUCCCAAGGUGUGUCAUCCUGAUGGAGAGAGGACAGAAUGUAUGAGAGACAGAGCCAAAAGCCAGGGAGAAAUGCUCGAGAGCACUCAGACCUCCCAAGCCUGUGUCAUCGACACCUCCACCCAGCUAGACAAUAUAGCCUCAGCUGAUAGUCAGUCCUCCCCUGAUAUGCCAGGAAAGUUACAGGCUCUGACAGAAAGCUGUCUGAAGGAAAUCAUAAAGAAUAUUCUUCAAUACCUAAGCCUCAGCACAGAAGAUAAGGAGCAGGGGCAUCCUCUGAAGAAUGAAGGGCCCCCAUCGUCUACUGUGCAAACACAGGAGGCAGUCACAGGAGAAAAGCUCUUCUGCAGUAUGCCGGCUGAUGUGCAAAACCUCACGGAUAUUGUGGUACAGAUCCUGCUGAACUGGCUGGGCCUUAAGUUAGAGGACCCAUCAAAGGAACAAUGGUGUAAACUGGAAGCACUGACAUCCCACUUGGGCUGCUCAACCCACUCCUGUGAGGGUCUCUGUGACAGGAGUAACAGACCAGAGAGCAAAAUGAGCUAUGGCCACACCAGCCCCGAGGCUCAAAACCAUCCGCUCCUAAAUGGGGGAGUCGACCCUCAGUUGAAUUUCCAUGCCCAGAGAACCUCUGCUCAACAGCAAAACAGACAGAAGAAAGGAAUAGUCUGUGACCAACCGUGUAGUCCUGGGCAAAACAGGGAUAGGGAAAUUGGAGAGGGACAGCAAUCGGGCAUUGCUACUGAAACAGCCUGUGACCCAGAGCUUAACAGAGUGAAGUACAGAAUGGGCUGUGGUGCCCAUACCAUCUCCCAGAGACAGGACCAUCCAUUCAAGUACAGAGAAAUUGGAGACAAACGGCAGCCCGGUGUUGCUGCCCAGAAAGCUUAUGGCCCCAGGAAGACCUUACCAGCAUAG